AUGGCUUGGAUUACCUUAGUCAGAAAGGUUUUGUGCAUUGCGAUGUCGCGGCACGUAAUAUAUUGGUGCAUGAUAAGACAAAUGCAAAAAUUGGUGAAAUGGAUGAGCCCAGAAGCUAUCAAACAUUAUGAAUUAACUAUGCAGUCAGAUGGUUGGUCAUUUGGCAUAUUAAUGUUUGAAAUUGUUACACUUGGCGGUUCACCAUAUCCAGGCAUACAACCGGAUGAUAUUUUGGAUCAUUUGGAUGCCGGUGGACGAAUGGAUCAACCGGAUAACUGCCCUAAUAACUAUUAUGAAGUAAUGCGUAGUUGUUGGGCACAAGAACCAUCGAUGAGACCUGAUUUUGGGACUAUUCGACAAAAAUUAGCUAGCCAAUUGGAAGAUAUUACAGAUCAGUAUUCAUAUUUAAAGCUAGAUAAUCAACGGGAUUAUUAUAAUGUAGUAUAUGAUACUGAUAUCUUGAAAGAUACUAAAGGAACGGUGGAAAACGAUUCGGAAGCUGAAAAAUUUGAAGUUGAAAGGAUGAAAAGGAAAGAUAUACUCGAUAAUGCUCUUCCGAUCGAUGUACAGGAAGAUCACCGUGAUAAGACAUCAUCGUUGCCAAACAGUACUGAAACUGUUAGGGAUAGAAAUGUUAUCAGUAAUGGAUCAUAG